ACCACUUUCCUAAAAAAGUUUUUAAAAGUCCCCUAGUCAAAGGAGGAAAACAAAAAAAAAUCUUUGGUUUUUACAACCUUCGUGUUGCUUUUUAGUUUUCUUUUCUAUUUUAGAAAAUUAAAAUUUUAAGAUAUAAAAAAAAAAAAGAAAAAGAAAAAAGUGGAUUCUUGGUGUAUAUGGUUGACACAAUACACGGAGACAAAUUAUCUAUAAAUAUACAUGUAGAGAGCUUGCGUAAUGUCAUAGUUUUCUUCUCUCUAUACAUCACUUCAUAUUCAUUAUAGUAGUAUUUUUGAGCUCCAUUUCUCUGCUCUUCAAAAUCUUGUGAAGCUUUACUGUUGGUUUUUGUUCUGUGAUGGCGGUGAAGACAAAUGAAGUUGUUGAAGGCUUUCUGCCGGAGGAAUUGAUGAAAUUGCUUCUAUCUUUAGCUAUAAAAUGGGGGGAUUUGCUGGAUCUGAAGAACUUGAAAGUUCACCAUUUGAGUGGUGCUAUGACCAAUGAGGUUUAUAGGAUAAGUUGGCCUACUAAGAACGAAAAUGUCUCGAGGAGAGUUUUGGUUCGAAUGUAUGGUGAAGGCGUCGAGCGUUUCUUCGAUAGGGAUGAGGAGAUUAGAACUUUUGAGUACUUGUCAAAGAAGGGUCAAGGACCUAAGCUUCUUGGUCAGUUUGCAAAUGGUAGAGUUGAGGAGUUCAUUCAUGCAAGGACACUAUCUGCUGAAGAUCUUCGUGACUCAGAGAUCUCUUCUUUGAUAGCUUCCAAACUGAGGGAGUUUCAUAACCUUGACAUGCCUGGUUUAAAGAACGUCAUUCUAUGGGACCGUCUCAGAAAGUGGCUAAAUGAGGCAAAGGAUCUGUGCUCACCUGAACAUCUAGAGGAGUUUUCAUUGGGUAAUCUAGACAGGGAAAUCAGCUUAUUGGAGAAAGAACUGCCAACUGAGUCUCAAGAGAUUGCCUUUUGCCACAAUGACAUGCAGUAUGGUAAUAUAAUGAUUGAUGAAAAAACGAAGGACAUUACUAUCAUUGACUAUGAGUAUGGUGGUUAUAAUCCAAUUGCUUAUGACUUUGCGAACCACUUCUGUGAAAUGACUGCAAACUAUCAUACUGAUACCCCUCAUAUCAUGCACUUCAAUACUUACCCUGAUUUAGAGGAGCGACAGCAAUUCAUACAUGCAUAUCUCAGUUCUUCAGGCCGUCAACCAAGUGAUGAAGAAGUAAAGAAACUUGCUGACGAAGCGGAGAAAUAUACACUUGCAAACCACUUGUUCUGGGGAUUGUGGGGAGUCAUCUCGGCAUAUGUCAACAAUAUUGAGUUUGACUAUAUGGAGUACGCUAGGGGAAGGUUCAAGCAGUACUGGUUCAGAAAGCCCGAACUCUUGGGUACCUCAGAUGACUAGUCCAGCUGAACCAGAAGCACAUUCUCUGAAGUUGCUUGAUGCCAAAACAUGUACAUUCACAAUGUAGAUGCAAAAGCCUUGAUAGUCAAUAGGCCUAUGUCGUAUAAUGAGUGGAGCAUUUAGAGUUGUUGGUGUUUCAUAGAAUAUGUUGAUAGGCUAUUACUGAGGGAUAAGUAUAUGAUGUACUGUUAAGAGAGUGUUGUUCAAUCACAAAUAUAUUGUCCAGUUUAAUAAAUGAAAGUUUCUUUCUCAA